UCUGCGAUUACACUUGGUCGCAGUUUGGUGUUGUGUUUUGGCGUGUCAAUACGUGAAUGCGCCUACUUUAACAAGCAGAUCCUCUAUGAUACCUCUAGGAUGCACAAUAGAGCGAUCAGCUAACUGAAUGCUUAUCCUAGCAGGGAUAAGUUCACCUAGGUCUAGCUUUUUAAAUAGAUUGUAUGACAUGACAUUUAUACUAGCGCCUAGGUCCGCCAAGGACUUCCCUACAUGCAUGCGGCCAAUAUUGAGAGGGAUAGUGAAACUCCCUGGGCCUUUGCGAUUUCGGGCAGCUUGUUCUGCAAGAUGGCAGAACACUCCUCGCUCAGCAUCACUGUCGAAAGAUCCCCGAGUCUCUUCUUGUUGCUGAGGAGAUCCUUCAUGAACUUUGCAUACUUGGGCAUCUUCGACAGUGCUUCCAUGAAGGGUAUGCUGACAUUGAGCUACUUCAACAUUGCCAUGAACUUGAAAAACUCAGUCUCCAGCUUAUCUUUGUGUAGUCGAGUGGGGAAGGGAAGUUGGGGUAGGUGCUCCUUAAUUGUGGUUGUGGCUUGGGAGCAGAGGGCUUCCUUCUCCACCCUCACUUCUACAUCAUCGGCUGGAAGUGCAGAAGCAGGCAGUGGCUUGUCCUCCCUAGUCUCGGAAGGUACCGCCGAUGUGGACUUGCCACUCCUGGUGGUGAUGGCAUUCAGCUGCUGGUGCGGCUCCCGUGGAUAGGGGAUGGUAGUGGUAGGUAGAGUUCCCGGGGUUCGGGUAUUAAUUUGGCGAGCCAUGCUACCCAUCUGGUUUUGUAGAUCUUGCAAAACGGCACCUUGGUUCCUCUGGCUUGCCUCUAGUGAGGCUAUGCUCUAGUCCAUCCUCGUGAAAGUUGCCUGGGUGGUAGUCAUGAAUGCCGCUAGAAUGUUUUUCGGCUCCAUCAUCUGAUUAUCCAGAGUCGGAGCUGCUGCUGGCUCGGCAUACUGAUGCAAAGGCUGCUGCUAAGGAACUGGCCCCUGUCUAGCCUGGAAAGGCUGCCUCUACUAAAAACCACCUGCUAGU